AUGUACUUGCAUGAGUACCACGAGAAAGGCCCUACAGCAAGAGAGCAUCACACGGCCAUCGAAAUGCCUCACCUCGAGGUGCCCGAAGAUGAUGCCGGGCAGUUUAUAAGGGGGAGAUUGAGGGGCAAUACCCCUAUACGACGAGCCCUCUCCAAACACAAGAACAAUGCAAGACUCCGCGAAGAGCUUAUGCGCAAGGGAUAG